UAAAAAGCACAAAAAGAGCCACCUACCUGCAGGAGUGCAAUUGUGAUCUGAUAUUCCUAGGUGCCAGGAUCAGUCAAAUAAAAGGUAGAAUUGAGGUAACAUCACCUGAGUGCAGAAAGGGUUCACUAGGAAGAAAAAAGCAGCACGGGAAGGAAGAAGAUUUGGUUUGGGCAGAAGGCUACAAGGAAGAAAUACAAAAUUGAGGGAUCUCUUCUAGUCAUCAAAGGGCAGAACCCAACUGAUAUUGGUGAAAACUGGAAGAUGGAAAUGUGGGGGGACACAGAACCCCUUUCGUGUGUGUGGCAAGCCCAUUGGCUUUCAAUAACUCUGUUUAGUAGAGAAUCUGAGAGCCACUUGUCACUGCCCCUCAGUUGCUACCUUUGUCCCUCACACAGAGCUAACAACGUCUGUUUCCCAGGUCUCAGUUUGUGUGAUCAGAAGAGAAGGGAUUUCUGAGACGAUGGAGCCCCUGUCCAGCUCAAGGUCUCAGAGGUUCCACCACCCAGGACCACAACUGAGCUGUGACCUCAGAGAGAAGCUGCAGUAUUCACAGCAACUAGAUCUUCCUGCGCCCUAUUUAUUUGUUCCUUAUGAUAAGGGGAAUGAAGGAGACCAGGAUAUGGUGGCCUCGCUCCAUAGGUUCGGCUGUAUGAUGCCAGUGACGUUUGAGGAGGUGGCCGUGUACUUCUCUGAAGAUGAAUGGGCUCUUUUAGAUGAAAAGCAGAAGGAACUGUACAGAGAUGUCAUGCAGGAGAAUUAUGAGACUCUCCUCUCGUUGGAAUUUCUGAUUGCUAAACCAGAUGUGCUGUCCCAGAUGGAGCGAGGGGAAGAGAUGUGGCUCCCAGAUCUCCAGGGCUCUGCGGAAAGGGAAAUCCCAAGAGGCACUAAGACAAGUACCAGGACAGCAAGUGAAAACAAGGAGGAGAGUCCCCAGCAGGAAGGGGCUGUGGGAGUGAAGAUGCACAGGAUGUUCUCAGGAAGACCGCAGGGCCCUGAUGGGGCAGAUGUCAGCAAGAGUCAGGACAGAAUGGGGCGGCAGAGAGGAGACUCUCCAGGCAGGAGUAAAUCUACUCACAGCAAAAGAGGCUUGAGGAAAUCCACAGACACCAGCGUCCACCCGGUAACCCAUAUUGGGUUGACACCAAAUACCAUCAAUGAACUGGGGGAAAGAGUCAGUAACAGCUCUCUUCUUAUUCAACAUUAUCAGCAAACUAGUGCAGAAAAGAGUGCCGUCCAGUGUAGUGAGUGUGGCAAAAGCUUCACUCGACAAGAAUACCUUCAGAUACAUCUGAAAAUUCACAGAAGGGAGAGACCCUAUAAAUGUAACAAAUGCAAGAAAAGAUUCAGACACAAGACAAGCCUUGUUCUUCACCGUUACACAGUCCAUAAGUCAGAGAGACCCCAUAAGUGUCCAGACUGCAGCCAGCUCUUUAUUCUGAGAGAGAGAUUUAUUCAGCAUCAGAGAAUCCACAACAAAGAGGCAUCUAGAGGGUUCAACGAUGGGAUUGUGAGUGAGAACAGGGACAAGAAUCCCCAGAAGAAAGGGUCUGCGAGAGCAAAGCCAGACAUGAUGUUGUCGGGGAAACCCCAGUGCCCUGAGUGGGGAGAUGCCAGUGAGAAUAGGGGCAAGGUGAGACAGCAGCACAGAGACCCUCCAGACUCGAGACAAAGUAAAUCCACUUGCAGCAAAACAGGCUUAAGGAAAUCCAAAGACACCAGCACACAGCAUACAGACUGCAUGGGGAAGAGACCAAAUACAGACACUGAACUUGGGGAAAUUUUCAAUGACUGCUCUCUCCUGAUUAAGCAUCAUCAAACUGGUGCAGAAAAGAGUGCUUACAAGUGUAGUGAGUGUAGGAAAAGCUUCACCCAAGAAAAAUACCUUCAGAUACAUCUGAGAACUCACAAAGGAGAGAGACCUUAUAAAUGUAAAGAAUGCGGGAAAAGCUUCAGUCGGAGUUCAGUGCUCAAAGAUCACACCAUGAGUCACAGAAUGGAACAAUCUUAUAAAUGUACUGAGUGUGGGAAAAGAUUCAGAGCGAAGACAAUCCUUGUAUAUCAUCGUUACAUAGUCCACAGGGUGGAGAGACCCUAUAAGUGUCCAUACUGUGGCCAGCAAUUUGUCCUAAGAGAGAGACUUGUUCAACAUCAGAGAAUCCACAAAGAAGAGGAACCUAGAGGAUUUAAUGAUGGGAUCAUGAGUGAAGAUGAAGCUAAGAAUCUCCAGCGGGAAGGGCCUGCAGAAGAACCACAGAGGACAUCAUCGGGGAGACCCUGGGGUCCUGAGCAGGUAGGAGGUUGUGGAAGUCAGGGCAUGGCACGAAGGCAGCAGAGACGCCCUGCAGGCAAAAGAGGCAGUAUAUCUAAUCAACGCGAGAGAGAUUCCAAGAAAUUGAAAAGCACCAUUGCCCACCAGGGCACCAACACCGGAGCACAAACAAGCACAAAUGGUGACAAUGAGAAAAGCUUCAGUAGCAACUCAGCUCUUUCUGUGCAUCAGAAAACCCACCUGGAAGAGAAACGUUACAGCUGUGCUGAAUGUGGGAAAAGCUACCACCAGCAUGCUCACCUUCGAAGGCAUCAGAAAAACCAUACCGGAGAGAGACCCUAUGUAUGUGCAGACUGUGGAAAGAGCUUUGUGUACAGGUCAAUACUCAGCAGACAUGAAAGGACCCACAAAGAGGAGAAAAACUAUAGCUGUACUGACUGUGGGAAAAACUUCAGCGAGUACUCAUACCUUACUAUGCAUCAGAGAAUCCACAGGGAAGAGAGACCCUAUCAGUGUCCCGACUGCGACAAAACCUUCAGGCUGCGAGGACACUUUACCAGUCACUGUAGAACCCACACAGGGGCUAAACCUUACAAAUGCACCGAAUGCGGGCAAGGCUUUGGGCGGAAAUCAACCCUGACUAAACACAUGAGGAUCCACACCGGAGAGCGGCCCUAUAAAUGUGUGCAGUGUGAUAAAAGCUUUCGUCAGAAGUUCGCCCUUUCCCAACAUCAGUUAAUACACCAGGGAGAGAGGCCUCACAAAUGUACUGAAUGUGGGAAAAUCUUUCUUCAGAAGUCCCACCUUACCGCGCAUCAGUCUGUGCAUCGGGGAGAUAGACCUCACAAAUGUACUGACUGUGGGAAAAGCUUCAAUGACCGAUCAAAUCUCCUUAAACACUUGGCAAAUGUCCACUUAAAAAAGAAACCCCAUCCAGCAAAUGUAACUUCAGAUUAAAUAGAUCUACAAUUGUAAUGAUAGAAAAUAAUGGGCUGGUACUUUUUUGAUUCUGGUGAGACACGUCUCCACUCAUACUUAUUCUAAAAUACAAGGUUUAAGGAGGAUGGGUUGGUAGUAUCGCCUUAUUUAUGAUCAUGGGAGUGAGAUGUCGGAGGGGGACAAAGCUGAUGAAGAGAGGAACUGAUCUGUCAAUGGGUUUUGGGGAUGGUUAGUGGGAAUUUCAAGGGAGUGGAGUUUAAUUUUGCAAGUUGAGCAGCGGCAUGCCAUCUAUGGAUGCAAUGCAUGGAUUGCAUUCUCAUGUGAGCCCUGAAUAUGACUUCCUGACUGGCUGUGCCAGUGGGACGAUUCCAUCCAGCCCCUGAACACACUACAGAACAAAAUGGCAUCCUCCGCACCUUGCGAAGACACGGGUAUUUAACAUGGCACUCUACAAAUGGAUUAAAACCUGGUGAACUGAGAUGUCUCAAUCUGUAACUGUAAACAGGGAAUCCUCAUUGAGCAGGUGUGUUUCUAGUGGGGUCCUGCAGAGAUCCAUUCUUGAUCUGCUGCUAUGUAACAUUUUUAUCAGUGACCCGGAAAAAAACCAGAAAAUGAUCACUGAUAAAAUUUGCAGAUGACACAUAAAUUGGGGGAGUGGUAAAUAAUGAGGAGGACAGGUCACGGAUUCACAGUGAACUGGAUCACUUUGCAAGCUGGGCAAAAGAAAACAAUACGCAUUUUAAUGUGGCUAAACGUAAAUAUAUGUAUGAAUAUAGGCUAUACUUAAAGGAUGGGGGAUUCUAUCCUGGGAACGUGGGACUCUGAAAAAAAAAUUUGGGGUGUGGUGGAUAAUCAGCUGAAUAUGAGCUCCCAGUGCAAUGCUGUCUCCAAAAAAGCUCAUGCAAUCCUGAGAUGCAUAAACAGGAAUCUCGAGUAGGAGUAGAAAGGUUAUUUUACCUCUGUAUUUGGUACUGAGGCAACUGUAUUUUUGUUAAACAUUUCUCAGGGUUUAUCUACUCUGGAAGUUUUACUGGUAUAAUUUUGCAAGUACGGUUAUAAUGGCAUAACUUCCUGUGAAUAAGUGUGUCAACCUGGAGAGUUACAGAGGCAUAAUUACACUGGUAUAUUUUAUGCAACAACAGCUUUCUAUCAUGCACUAACUGGCUAUAGCACUAUUGGCUAAAGAUACAGCUCACUUUCAAAGGCAUAUGGUUAAUAAUGGGAUGCCAACGAGUGCAUCUUCACCUGGAUCUUCCAUCCCUAGCAGUUCAGUCUAUUCCAAGUGGGUAGGCACACCGUGAUUUUUCUCCUGUAAGGCAAGUACCCCAACUGGGCCAGUGUAACUGGUAAUGCAAGUGCUACUCCCUCCCUGAGCUGUGCAUCCCAUAGUCCAUUGAAGGUGUCUGGAAAAAGUACUCAUAAUCCUUGGUGCAGGGACCUGCUACUUAUCCUGUAUGGAAUAGCUGCCUGAAAGGUUUCACAAUUUACUCCUAAAACACACAGUUGGGCAGAGUGCUGGGGGAUGAAUGGAAAACAGAAAAUGCCCUGUUAAACUUACAGCCAGUUAAGCCUGAGUGUGAUUGGUUAGCUUAUGAGACAAAGUCCCCUAAGGCUUUGCAGGUAUGCAAAAUGUAUAAAGGAUAUGUGUGACCGAUUGCUAUGCUUGCUGGUGAAAUAAGGAAUGGAGAGGUACUGAGACUGAUCUGUUUGCAGAUGUUUUAACCAUUAAUUGCAAGUCCUAAAUGUUUUGCUGUGUAAGGGAGAUGAGUGGUAUGAACAAACCAAGGAAGUAACUAGGUUGAAAACAACUGGAGUAUAUGUGACGGUAUAAACAAAUUGGAACAGACAGAGGUAUUGACACUUAGGUCAGAAAAGAUUUUACGGCUUGCCUUGGGACAAGAGUCCCAUGAUGCUUUGCAGUUAACAAAGCUAUCUAGCAAGGAAUGGAAUUUUACAAUGCAGUAACUGAUGACAUAUUUUAUAUAAGAUAUAUUUUUGCAAUGUACUAACCGCAACAUAUUUGCAAGAUAUGUAAUAAAUAAAAAUGUCCAAAAAAGGCCAUAAACCAUGAUUAACUACUUGGUGUUGAAACACUUGGAAAAUUACAAGGAAGAGGGAACUGAGGAAAGAGCCUUAAGGGCAGGUCUACACGACGGGGCUAAGUCAACCUAAGUUAUGCAGGUGACGUACCUUCGGUGAACUUAUUGUGUCUACACCGCGCUGUGUUAACGGGAGAAACUCUCCCAUCGACUUAUCUUAUACUUCUUGUUCCACUGAAGUACCAGAGUCGACGAGAGAGCAAUCAGGGGUCAAUUUAGCGGGUCUUCACUAGACCCGCUAAAUUGACCCCCGGAGGAUCGAUCAUGCACGUUGAUCCCCUGGUAAGUGGAGACAAGCUCUAAGAUAUGCAAAAGUAUGCACUAGGAGGAGGCAAUAAAUAAGGGUUGGAAUGUUGAACUAAGAGGAGUUACCAGGGUAUAACUACAACAAGAAAUCAUAAGAAAGUAAGACCAUUGGCAGACAGGAUCCAGACUGUCUGAAACUACAGAGAAGGCCUUCUACAGUUGUGAGUAAUUGUAUGUGCUGUCUUGACUGUUUAAUAAAUUCAUUCAAAGCUGACUUGUUAACCAAAUCUAAAUUUAAGAGAAGGCUAUUCAUUAAAUAUAUAAUCACAAUUAAAAUUCCUAUCCAUUAUUAGUCAUUUAUUAAUUAUUGGUUGAUUAUCAACACAAGAAAUAUGUAAACUACAGUCACUGAAAGCCUGUUCUCUACACUGGAAAUGUCUGACCUUUCUGUAUUCUGCCGUUUUAUUGCUAAUCAAUAAAGUGAUUGAGCCGA